GUUUUAAAUAUAUUUAACAGUUACUGAAUUUCAUUAGCAUCUGUUUCCGCUGGACUUUUCACAAAAACAGGAUGUAAUGUAAUUUCAUAGAGGAGACAAAAGAUUUUUCUUGAACAUGAUAAGAGAUUAAACCAAAAAUGGAUUCUGCAGAAGACGAAUUCUUCAGCAUAUGCUUGAAUCUAACCGAUGAAGAAAUCAAUAAUUUUGGUGGCUGCAACUAUAGUGCUGAAUUCGAAAAUGGCGAGCUUCUCGAGAAAGUUGUGUCACGAGUGGUUCCAAUCUUCUUUGGCUUCAUUGGUAUCGUCGGUUUGGUUGGCAACGCCCUGGUCGUUUUGGUGGUGGCCGCCAACCCUGGCAUGAGAUCUACUACUAACCUCCUGAUUAUCAAUUUAGCAGUUGCCGAUUUGCUGUUCGUAACCUUCUGUGUGCCGUUCACAGCUACCGAUUAUGUAAUGCCAAGAUGGCCAUUCGGUGACUGGUGGUGCAAAGUCGUUCAAUACUUUAUUGUUGUCACGGCUCAUGCGUCAGUCUAUACACUGGUCUUGAUGUCUUUGGACAGAUUUAUGGCUGUCGUUCAUCCAAUAGCCUCCAUGUCUAUAAGAACUGAGAAGAACGCAUUAAUGGCUAUAGGUUGCAUAUGGGUGGUUAUCCUGACCACCGCUAUACCUGUUGGUAUAUGUCACGGUGAAAGGGAAUAUUCAUAUUUCCAUAGAAAUCAUUCCUCGUGUGUCUUUUUAGAAGACCACGGAUACAGCAAAUGGGGCUUUCAGUUAUCCUUCUUCCUGUCCUCUUAUGUGGUACCUCUAGCGUUGAUCAGCGUUCUAUACAUGUGUAUGCUAACGAGGCUUUGGAAGAGUGCUCCGGGGGGAAGAGUAUCUGCAGAAAGCAGGAGAGGAAGAAAGAAAGUCACCAGAAUGGUUGUGGUCGUGGUUGUGGUGUUCGCCGUUUGCUGGUGCCCAAUUCAGAUAAUCCUGCUGGUGAAAGCGCUGGAUAAGUACACGAUAACGUAUUUCUCUGUGACGGCACAGAUCGUGUCACACGUGCUCGCCUACAUGAACAGCUGCGUCAAUCCCGUUCUCUACGCCUUCCUCUCGGAAAACUUCAGAGUCGCGUUCAGGAAGGUGAUGUACUGUCCUCCUCCAUACACCGAUGUUACAUCGGGUCGUCCCCAACCUACGAAGACGACCAGGACGGGCAACGGUAACUCCUGCCACGACAUCGUCUGAGAAUCGCUGACGGGUCGCGUGCGACGCAACGAGCAAAUCAGCGUCGUUUGAGCACAAAAUGCGACCCCAAACCUUGUAUUUUAUACGUAAUUGAUUUUUAAUCAUUAAGUUAUAUUAUGCUGAUAUUGAAAUACAAAAUAAAAUAUACUUGAAUGUGUAUUUAUACAAAAAAUUAUUAAUGGUUGCUUCGUACGAAGAAAAUAAAUACGCGUUCAUAGA